CUCAACUGUUUGAAAGUUUGGCGGCAGCACUUCCAGCAUGGAAAGCUUGGAGUUGACAUUUCUUGAACCAUGUAAAAAAUUACUAUUGACGAUAUAUCCUGAAAUAAAUACGCUGAUUAACAAAAUACCGGAAAAUCGAGAUGAAGCUCAAAACAGUAGUUUGCCGUCUAGAUGUAAUGAGUAUCUUCUAUAUUGUAUACUGGUCGUGCCUCUCUGCUACACCUUGCUCAAAUUAUUCAACUCAAAACUGAUUAUAACGAAGUUUAUCAAUCUAAAAUCGAUUAUCACACCGAAAAUAAAACCCAGCCAUGUACCGGUGCUACACUUUAGUAAAGAAAUAGUGGAAGAAUGGCAGCAACUGUUCCACAAAGCUAUGCUGCUCGAUUCGAUUAUUGUAAGGCAAAUGCUCGGAGGAAACUCGCGAAGCACGUCCAGCAAAAACCUGAAGGUGCCACGUAAAUCUACAUCACGAAUUUGCAACCGGCACAAUGGUAACAAAAUUAACAGAGAUGUCGCCCAAACGUUCAACCCGUAUAGAGUAAACAGAUAUGACUGCGAUAUUUGUACUGCUAAACCCUCGACCCAACCGAGUUCACACAUAGAUCUAGUGCAAAAAAAAUACACACCGAAAUUUGUUGUAACAGAGGAAUUACUACAAAUUAAGCAAGAGGCGGUUUGCUAGUGAUUAGUUUAACGAUAUUUUAGUACAAAAUUUUAUUUCAGAAAUCAUUACACUAUUUUCACAGUUUUGUAUUGAUAUAUUUAUAU